GGGAGGGUGUGGGUUGGGUGUAUAUAGUGUAGUGGCAGUGUCAGUUCUCAACUCUCGCUUUUUUAGCAAGAAUUUCCGCUAGUUUUUCUAAAAUGACAGACGGUUUACAAGUGACUCUUGAGUUUGGCGGAGGAGCAGAAUUGCUUUUUGGUAACAUUAAGAAGCACGAAGUUACUCUUCCCGUGGAUGACACACCAUGGACCAUUCGAUCACUUCUUACGUGGAUGAAAGAUAAUCUGCUGAAAGAAAGACCUGAACUGUUCAUCCAAGGAGACACAGUGAGGCCGGGUAUUCUAGUGCUUGUAAAUGAUGCUGAUUGGGAAUUGCUUGGCGAACUUGAUUAUAAAAUAGAAUCAAAAGAUACAAUUUUAUUUAUCUCAACACUUCACGGUGGUUAAUGAAAAUCUUUCAAUGGUACUGCCUUUUAUAUCUAAUUCAAUUUGUAUUGUGUAAUGGAGAGUAACAUUUUGAAGUCCCAGUCCAGAUGUGAAAAUAAACUCAUUAUUUAUUUAUUU